CUACAUCUUCUCUUUGCUGUUCAUUUUUAUUUCUCCCUGGCAAUCAAAGCUCCUUAGCUUUUCAACUCUCCUGCACUCUUAAUUAACGAUUCCAUAGUCAUGGGGAGAGCACCUUGCUGUGAUAAAAAUGGACUUAAGAAGGGACCAUGGACGCCUGAGGAAGAUAAGAAGUUGAUCGAUUACAUUCAGAAACACGGCUAUGGAAAUUGGAGAAUGCUUCCAAAAAAUGCAGGACUUCUAAGGUGUGGAAAAAGCUGCCGUCUCCGGUGGACUAAUUACUUGCGCCCUGAUAUCAAAAGAGGCAAAUUUUCUUUUGAAGAGGAGGAGGCAAUAAUUCAACUCCACAGGAUCUUAGGCAACAAGUGGUCUGUCAUUGCUGCUCGGUUGCCUGGAAGAACUGAUAAUGAAAUCAAGAACUACUGGAACACCCAUAUCAGGAAAAGGCUUCUUCGAAUGGGAAUCGAUCCAGUCACUCACAGUCCUCGUCUCGAUCUUCUUGAUCUCUCCAUCUUAAGUUCAUCUCUCUACAAUCAAUCUCAGAUGAACUUUUCAAGGUUGUUAGGAGCAGCGCCUCCCCUGGUGAACCCGGAGCUUUUAAGGUUAGCAGCUUCACUGGCGUCAUCCCAACACGAUCAAAUCCAAAACCAAAACCAAAAUUCUUAUCUUCUUCAAAAUGUUCAACAAACCCAACUUUGCAAUCCUCCCCAAGUGGAAAACCAAUAUCAACUGCCAUUAAUGCAAACUCUGGUCCAAGAUAUCCCUUUUUCUAACGAAGCACAAUUUAUGAACUAUAACAUGGACCAGUUCCAACCAAAUCUUACUGCUGACUUCUGCGGACAAAUUAGUGCUGGGGAGAGCUGUGAAAUGCCUUCAAAUUUGACCGAAGACUGUAUACCACUACCAUCAAGUUAUGACAAUUAUUAUGUGUCGGCGCAAGCUAUUCUGGAGACAUCAAAUUUCCAGUCCAAUGAAAGUAACCAGAACUUCGGGUUCGUGUCGGUUUUAUCAACGCCGUCAUCAAGUCCGGCAUCGUUGAACUCAAAUUCUACUUACAUCAAUUGUAGUAGCACUGAGGACGAGAGAGAAAGCUACUGCAGCAACAUUUUGAAGUUUGAUAUCCAAGAUAUCUUGGAUGUUAAUUAAUGAAUAUUCAUGUAACUUUUAAUUCCAAACUAUGAAACAAGUUUUUUUUUUUGCUUUCCUAAUUCGAUUUCCUUGUUCUCUUUUUGAAAUUAUGUUUUUGUUCACUUUUUAUAAAAAAUUUCUAGUAGG